AACAUGUCCCUAUCAGGAACGCAAUCUCUUCCUCCACCUGCGCUCCCCCAACUGGUCGCGGAACAGAACACACCUAUCCCGCCCACCGACAAGGACUCCCAGCGUCUCAUCGUCGUCCUGUCCAAUGCCAGUCUGGAGACGUACAAGGCGUCGCACGGCGGCACCGGCCGCAAUGGCAUGCACCGCGAGGACAAGUACUCGUUGCUCAACAGCGACGAGCACAUUGGUGUCAUGCGCAAGAUGAAUCGGGAUAUCAGUGAUGCCCGACCCGAUAUCACCCACCAGUGUUUGCUGACCCUGCUCGACUCGCCCAUCAACAAGGCUGGAAAGCUCCAGAUCUACAUCCACACCGCCAAGGGCGUGCUGAUCGAGGUUUCGCCCUCAGUCCGUAUCCCCCGAACCUUCAAGCGAUUCGCCGGUCUCAUGGUGCAGCUUCUUCACCGGCUGUCUAUCCGCUCCACCAACUCCAACGAGAAGCUGCUGCGUGUGAUCCAGAACCCAAUCACCGAUCACCUCCCCCCCAACUGCCGCAAGGUGACACUGAGCUUCGACUCGGAGCUCGUGCGAGUCCGUGAGUAUGUCGAGAGUGUUGGCCCCAAGGAGAGCAUCUGCGUGUUUGUGGGUGCUAUGGCCAAGGGUGAGGACAACUUUGCCGACUCGCUCGUGGACGAGAAGAUCUCCAUCAGCAACUACUCUCUGUCAGCCAGUGUGGCCUGCAGCAAGUUCUGCCACGCGGCUGAGGAUGUCUGGGACAUCAUGUAAGAGCGAGCUGCGAAUGAGACGGCCUGGGGGCCGGAUGCUGCGAUAGACGCCAAAUGUCGGCUCGCCCUGCGGCGAUACAACAUCGUCGCUGGGGCGGGACGGCAGGGCGCUGACUUGGAAUGCCUGGGGUGUUCGCUGUCGCUUGUUUUUGCAACCAAAACAUGGGGCGUUCAACAACGGGUCCAAGACGUGAAUGUCGUCUUGAUGGGUCAUUUCAACCUGGCCCAUUCCUUCCUCUUGUCCUUUUUGCACUGUUUCUUUGCAUGUCUGCCCUGUUUUUUCCUCCCCUUCUGCAUGAUGCUUGUUUUGUCUGGAUGAAGAUCUGAGCUGCUAGACCUGGGUACUUGCACGAUCUAACCACAUAGCAUUUCAAUGGACGAAGCACCUGGAAGUCUACAUCGCCUAUCUAGACUUUCAGAUGCGGGGACGGGCUUGCGUUGAGAGCUGGGGUUAUAGCGGAUGGCAGUGGUUUAACACGUGAGGCGCGUUCAUGAUUCGGCCUGAUUUACAGUCAUGGCUGAUUGGUACUCCGUGAGCCCGUGACGGAAGGGCAGACAAGAUGCAAGACAGUUGAAGGGCAAAAGUCAUCUGAUGGAGGAGGCAAUAUACCAUCUUAAGGUACUACUCAAGUAGUAAUGAAGUGCACACUUCCAUGU